AUGUCUUCAAAAUUAUGGAAAUCCAAGUUGGCCGUUGUAACGGGAGCCUCUGUGGGUAUUGGAGCAGAAAUUGCCCUCAGAUUGGCAAAUGCAGGAAUUACGGUCAUUGGCUUGGCUAGACGUUCCGAGCUAAUCGAUGAUCUUAAUAAACAAGUCCAUAGUGAUGGCGCUCAAAUCCACUCCUAUCGUUGCGAUAUGGCUAAGGAGGAGAAUAUUGCCGAAGCCUUCAAAUGGAUUGGUGAACAUUUUGGUGGCAUCAGCAUUUUGAUAUGCAAUGCUGGAAUAUUGAAAGCGAAUUUUAUUGUUGAAUCAUCAAAUGCGGAUUUAAAGGAGCUGUAUGAUAUUAAUGCUUAUGCGACCACACUUUGCUUAAGAGAGGGUAUAAAGCUAAUGCGCAACGGAAAGGUGGAUAAGGGUCACAUUAUCGUUUUGAAUAG